GUGGGGGGGAAACACUCAAGGCGUUCCACCUCCUCCCGGCAGCAAAACAUUAGUCAACUACAAACUUCAAGAGCGCGCAGCGAAAGUUCCCUCUGCAACGGAUGAACGACCAGAGGAUAGUGCCGAGAGAGGACAGACCGAACGAACCGAUCCUCCGAGUGUUGGGGUGCGAGAAUGGCGGAGAGUCGGCAUGAUUCCUGCACACUUUCAAAAUGGCACAUGUAGACUCAGUUCAAUAGCAGCUCCGGAGCAAUUUACUUUUCCUCAAACAAACGAUAGUAAGGAAUAGCGUGAAACAGCGUAAGACAGUGGAGGAGUUGGACGUCUCGAGGACAGCGUAUCGUCUCUCUCUCUCCCCUCAUCUCGAGAUGAGCUGUCAGCGGGAAUUGCGAUGGUUGCUCUUAUUCGCUGUCUUGCAAGUGGGUUUACCCCAGGAGACCCGGGAGAAAUCGCGGCAUUGUGACAAGCCGAAGUCGCAGGAAGACAUGAACUCCUUCUUGUGGAGGGUGAGGCGCAAUCCGCCAUCUCCUCCCUCCUACCUGUUCGGGACCAUCCAUGUUCCUUACACGCGUGUGUGGGACUUUAUCCCUGAGAGCUCCAAGCGGGCCUUCCAAACCAGCUCCAACGUCUUCUUUGAGCUGGACCUGACCGACCCGCUGACCAUCUCCAAGCUAACCAGCUGCCAGCUGCUGCCCAACGGCAUGAACCUGCAGACGCUGCUGCCGCGCGACCUCUACCGGCGGCUCAAGCGCCACCUGGACUACGUCAAGCACAUGAUGCCCUUCUGGAUGACGCCGGACCAGCGUGGACGUGGCCUCUACGCCGACUACCUCUUCAACGCCAUCGCUGGCAACUGGGAGCGCAAGCGGCCCGUUUGGGUCAUGCUCAUGGUCAACUCGCUGACCGAGGCUGACGUGCGCUCGCGCGGCAUCCCCGUGCUCGACCUCUACCUGGCCCAGGAGGCCGAACGGCACGGCAAGCAGACAGGGGCCGUGGAGCGUGUCGAGGAGCAGUGCCACCCCCUCAACGGACUCAACUUCUCACAGGUGUUGUUUGCGCUCAACCACACACUGCUGCAGCACGAAGGCGUCCGCGCGGGCAGUCUGCAGGGCUCCUACACCACCGAGGACCUCAUCACACACUAUAACUGCGGGGACCUCGGCGCCAUCAUCUUUAACCAUGACACCUCACAGCUCCCUCACUUCAUCAACAGCUCCCUGCCAGCCCACGAGCGAAUCACGGCGCAGCAGAUUGACAGCUACUUCCGCCAGGAGCUCAUCUACAAGCGCAACGAGCGAAUGGCGAGCCGCGUCUCCGCCCUGCUGCAGAGAAGCCCCUCCCAGAGCUUCUUCUUCGCCUUCGGAGCAGGUCACUUCCUUGGCAACCACAGCGUGUUGGAGAUCCUGAGGCAGGAGGGUUACCAGGUGGAACACCUACCAGCUGGGGAGACACUCACAGAGAGCUGGAGUGCUUGGACACCGCCAUCGCCGCCGCUGGAAGACACCAUUCCGGAGCCCAACUUGGGGAGCGAUGAGGAGGUGGAGGGAGAGGAAGAGGAAGAGGGAGAGGCAGAGACGGGCGAGUGGGAGCUGGAACCCCCAGAACCGGGGGACGAGCUGACCCACAUGCUGCUGCCGGACAGCCUGAGCCAGCUGGAGGAGUUCGGUCGGCACAAGCGGCCGUGCAAGAACCACCGAUCUCAUGGACGCAAGCGCCUGUUCAGUGACUUGUGGGUGCGCAUGGGAGACAGCACUACUCCUCCGCCCAGCAUCAGAAUAACCAACGGCUAUGUGACGGUGGCGCCGCCCUUAACCCACCCGAAGCAGCAGAGGAGGACAUCGCCGCACAUCAGGGCCCAGCCCUCCAGCCGCACCCCGUCCCACCACAGCCCCCACAGCACUGGGGAGGCCCCCCACGCCCUCCCCAAGGCACUCACCUGCUUCCUGGCAGGCCUCAUCUCAUACCUCCUCUUCACCUCCUGACCAACAGAGGGUGAUCUAUGACCCCCCCCCCCCCCCUUCACACACACACACACACACACACACACACACACACUCUCUCUCUCUCUCUUCUCUCUCACACAUAUACAGACUGUCUAACCAAGCAUCACCACUGGUGGCCUCCUCAGACAGUGAAGAUGGUGUUGGGUUCGAUCCUCAAGAUGGAGCAUCUCGUUUGGUUCCUCUGGGUUUAUUAUAAAAGCUAUGUUCGAAAAACAAAAAGAGGAGACCCAUCAGUGUUCUCAAGAAGAGUUGCAGAAGCACGACAUAAAUUGUGGAUAAUUUUGAAAGACCUCGAAAAGUGGUGUUAUUUUAUGAUGGGUAUAUCUGUUGAAUGUAGGAUAUAAUUCAUGAACUACAACACCAACACAAGUUAAGUCUGAAUGUUGAACUGUUAAAAAAAUAGCAACACUAAUAUCAAUAACAUUUCUGAUGAUAUAAUUAUUACAGUAAGUCACCAAUGUAAUGUAUAAUAGACAUAGGAAGAGAAAAACAGAGUCAACCUAUUUUGUAAAUUGUGCAUUUUGUUCAUAAAGGAGUAUUGUAUAUUUAUUAUUUCUUAAAGAGUAUAUUUUCAUGUCUUUGUCAAAUAUUGAAAAAAAUAAAGUAUUGAAUAGCCA